AGCUGCUAUUAGGUGGGGACGCUGGAAUGGAAUCGACCCUAUGCGUUGACGAUGAACUCAAGGAGGACGAGUACGACGCGCUGAAUGAUGAGACAUUCGGCGGGGCCGAGGCUGACGACGCUUGGGAAGAGAAUCAUAACGUUCUCGCCGCCCAACUCGAGGAAACGAUCAAACGCCAUCACAACGCCCAACAUAUCGAGGACAUCGUUACCACGUCAAUUCUGCAGUUGGGACUCGAUGACGAGGCUGCUACCAAUGGUCAUGGCCACUUACCUUCGGCCGGUCACACAACCUUUAACAGUACUAAUAGUGGUACCAAUGCGGCCAGCAUCCUAGGCGUUGGCAACAACAGCGGCGUAAUCAGUGGAGAUUAUCUGGGAGGAAGUUCGCAGCGAUCUCCGAGCGGUGACGCAUGUCCACCUGGAUUCAAUGGAUUCUUCAGCCGACCUACGGCACUCGGUACCGGCGGCUCGGUAUUGGCCGGUGGCCUCAUACCAACCGGACCGCCGCAUCCGGCCCCCAUGAGCGGUCCUCCAGUUCCUGUCGGUGGACAAUUAGGGCACUCUCAGCCGCCGGCGGGCGUCGUCGUGCCGCGACCUCCAACGGCAGUAUCACCAUUCGGAUCAGGAUCGCCGUUUCCAUCGAUAAUUGGCUGUCCCGCAGUCAGCGCCGAACAACUUGAACAGCAAAUGUUGCAAGCUUCGCGAGCCCCUCAGAGUCAGGGACGGCGAAUGAAGACGCUUGGGGAGUUAGAGAAAGAGAUGGUACAAGAAAGUCGGAGAGCUAUUCUCGCCCGGCAACAGCAGCAGCAACAAUCGCAGCAACCGCCGCAACAGCAACAAUUAUCACAAGUCCCCCCCCAGGGACAACAACAAGAGCUUCAACGUCCCCCGUCGGUCAGCCAGUAUCGAAUUUUGAGACCGCAACAACAACAGGCACCAUUUCCCACCGGUCCCCUACAGAUGAUACCGCCACCAGGUCAGUCUCUUCAUGCCCAUGCUCCCUCAGCUGCUGGCGUCACAAUGGGUCAUCCUCAACGUCCGCACCAUUCCAACCAGUCGAAUCAGAUUGGUGACCUGGAUUAUAAUAAGAAAUCGCAGUCACAACUACAAGCUCCGCAGCUCCAUCCAUUAUCAUCGGCGCAACCACAGCAUCAGCAGCAACCAGCUUCCCAUUUGGAGCAACAUCGAAACUACCGCUUGUUACUCUUCGUCUUCUUUUACAGAGUUCACGACCAUUACGGCUUUCCUGAUCCUGCAGUUCCGCGACCCCCACCCUGGGAGAUGAAUCAUAAUCUUCAUCAUAACAAAUGGUCAGCCCAGCCGCCAAUAUACCCACCACCUGCGCACUUCCAGAGGCCCGCAUUCCAUCAGCCAAACGUCCCACUUAAAUUCAUGAAUUUUAGGGAAUCGUAUCGAGUUAGCUUGCGGCGUCAUGACGAUGGUCGAUUGCCAGACUGGAACUUGACAGGUGGAGGCGGCGGCCAACGACGUUACAAUACGCGAGAUGUAGAGACAUUCGGAUUUGACGCUGUUCACGAAUACCAACAGGAGCAGGAUGCUAACAAAGCGACAAGAAGUACACGCAGCGAUGAUCCCUACGCUGGUCUAAUGACCGAAAAGGAAAAAGAAUUUGUCAUUCGCGUUCAGAUGAUGUCUCUCAACAUGCAAGCACCCCACGAGCAGGACUAUUACUAUCUCGAGUAUAUGAAACGGCGCAGUCAGGGUAAAGCUGUCUGCCGAAACAAGUUGCUGACCCAGCGUUACGAGCGUACACCGGACCGACCUCAUGAGCCUCAGCAGUUCGAAAACUCGCUUGGUAAACUACACACGGUAACGGCGCACGCGCCUAAAAAAAUCCUCGACAUGGCAGGGUCACGCAAGCUGGACGAUGGCGACGGCCGUACGGUGCCUGCCAACACGGAUCUAUUGUUGUUCCGCAAAUUGCUUAUGGACACCGAGAAGUCGUUUAGCCUGUUGCUAAAACUCGAAGAUCCUGAGGUGCUAACCUCGCACGAGGAGAAGCUAAUUGCGGCACAAGACCUCGUCAAACGACUCGGUCCCUCGCCGGAUAAUGUCCUGUCACUGCGCAAGGGUCGGGUGCUAGUGUUACGUAGUUUAGCAGCGUUGUGGCGACUGGGCGGCUAUCGUGAGCAGUGUCUUCAGAUGCUGUGCUCGAUCAUUGAGAAUCUCGAGCUAAUUCUGUUAAAGCAGAAACCCUUGGGAGACUCGGUGUUCGUUGACAAGUUCGACAUCAUUGAAGACAUCUUGCGCGGAUGUGUCCCCGAUGAGAUUGCUCGCCUACAAAAAUGCAUAACAAAGCAUAGUACAGCCGGCGAUGAAGUCGGAGAAUGGGUACUCCGUGGAAAGUUCGGCAGCAUGUUAACUGGAAAGCUAGCCGAGUAUAAUGUGCAAGUGGCUUGAUAAAUAGUUCGUUAAAGUCUAUGAAAAAAAAAUUCAUGUAUCUCUGCAUCUAUAUGCAUGCGAACAUGCCAAUCUCUAAACCAUAUGGUGUUCGACUUCAUGAGAAAUAGGUUGUUUGAUCGUUACCCAUCUUCUCUAUUUCUGUCUUCUCCAAAAAAUGAGGACAAUUCAAAUCGGUUUGUAGCUAUUUCUUUAACCCGUAAGAGUUGUGUGUUUUCCUUCAAUUAUAGCCUCGAAAACUCGUUUGAACAGUCGGACCUCUGAAAAUAAUGAUUAUGAUUACUGAAAUAUGAUGUUAUAUGAAAAUGAGCGAUGAAGAACGGUGAAGGCAGAGAAAUGGGUGAGCGAGAAAGCUAACGAAAAGUAAAGAACGUAUGCAAGGUGCACAAGGCUAGCUGAGCUAAAUAAACAACAGAAAAAACAAGGAAAACUAAUGUUAAGCCGAAGUCAGCUGAAGGUAGAAGACACAUCGAAUUUUUACAAAGGAAGUGUCAGAGUUCCCUUAUUACGUAACAUGUGCCCACUGUCUCAGCAACAUUUUCGCAACACAUAAACACGUACACUCAAGCAUCCGACAGGCAAGUUAACCAUAUAUAUGGCCAACUAUAGUGUAUUGCUUCCAGUUUGACCAGUCGUCGGUAUUAGAUACGAAAAAUUCAUUAUAAAAUAUUAAAAUAGAAAGUGAGAGAAAAGCGAAGACUGUGGACGGUGCGCGUUGCCCAACAUUUGCUCGAAAGGCUGAGCGACACCGCCCAAAGAGAAGACAAUUUCUGUUAAUUAGUAUAAUAACAGCAAAACGUAUUCACUAGAUUAGAACAAUUCUAUUACGUUUACUAUUAAUAUUACUAUUAAUAUCAGCAUUGCAAUUGUGUAGUUAUCCUUUAAACUGGUCUAAACUAGUAUAACGGAAAAGAAACGAUAGAAAGAGAUGUAACAAUCGGUUAUUUCUAGAGAUGACCGUGGUCGAUACUAGAUAACAUAUAAACAUAUAGACAUUAUAUUGUCAAUGUAUAAACACAUUUGCUGCUGCUAAUACGAAUAAUGGCCUAAAGGGCGAGGUCUCGGCCAUAAUAGUAACUAAUUAUAUCAGAUAACAUUAAGAAAACACGUCCUUUUGCGAACGUAGAAAGCCUACGCAAAAUGUUAAGCGAUCAAUUGUGCGCUUUCACCUAAUGAUUAUUUUUAUUAUAGACAUACUGCUAAAAAUGACGAUUCAUUGCGCGAUAUAAUACUGCUACUAUUGUUACUCAUCAAGAGAAUACGGAAUAAUAAUAGUAGUAAGAUGAAGUGGACGGAAGCAACAACGUACGACAUACGAUAUACAUCGAGUCGCACAUGUGAAUAACGGAAAACCGAAAAAGUUACAACACAAUCGAGGAAAGUAAAGCUAAAGCAUGAUGGAUAAAUAAACGUAAGAAAUGGUAGAAGUAAUAAUAAAUGUUUGUAAAUAACAGACAGAAAGAACGAAAGAAAUGAAGUCGAUUAAUUCAACACUGCAACCCGGUUGCACUAUUCUUUUUCUAUUUAAAAGUUAAUAAUAAGAAAAAGAGA